AUGGGAGAGUACUCAAAAGCACUUUCAUAUUACGAAAAAGCACUUGAGAUUAAACAAAAAACUCUUCCUUCAAAUCAUCCUUCAUUGGCUAUUUCAUACAACAACAUUGGUGAGACGUAUAGACAAAUGGGAGAGUACUCGAAAGCACUUUCAUUUUACGAAAAAGCACUUGAAAUCUAUCAAAAAACUCUUCCUUCAAAUCAUCCUGAUUUGGCUACUUCAUAUUGGUGCAUGGGAAGUUUGUAUGAAAAUAUGAAAGACUAUUCGAAAGCACUUUCAUAUUUUCAACGUGCUCUAGACAUCAAACAACGUGCAUUACCUCCAACUCAUCCUAGUAUUAAAAAUGUGAAACAAAGUAUUGAAAUUGUAAAAAAGAAAUUAUAA